UUGCUAAUAGAUCCAUUUGACAACUAUAGUAGAAUGAAAACAUCGGAAAUCAUCUAAAAUCUCACUACUCGGGGUUCAGCACAGUUAGAGGAUUGGAUCAUCAGUUAACGGCUGAUCACUAACGGUUGAUCACCAGCAGCCUACUUCCUCCCGCCCACGUGGGUCACAUUUCUGGGUGCCAGUGAAGAUGCAGGUCUCGGGGUGCACCAUGAUUUCACCAUUCUUAGUACUGGCCAUUGGUACCUGCCUUACCAACUCUUUAGUGCCAGAGAAAGAGAAAGACCCCAAUUACUGGCGAAAACAAGCCCAAGCAACCCUGAAAAAUGCCCUAGAGCUUCAGAAGCUCAAUACCAACGUGGCCAAGAAAAUCAUCAUGUUCCUGGGAGAUGGGAUGGGCGUCUCCACCGUGACAGCCGCCCGCAUCCUCAAGGGUCAGCUCCACAACAACCCUGGGGAGGAGACCACGCUGGAGAUGGACAAGUUCCCCUUUGUGGCCCUGUCCAAGACAUAUAACACCAACGCACAGGUCCCUGAUAGCGCGGGCACCGCCACCGCCUACCUGUGUGGGGUGAAGGCCAAUGAGGGCACCGUGGGGGUGAGCGCGGCCACCGAGCGCACCCGGUGUAACACCACUCAGGGCAACGAGGUCACCUCCAUCCUGCGCUGGGCCAAGGACGCUGGGAAAUCCGUGGGCAUCGUGACAACCACACGGGUGAAUCACGCCACCCCCAGCGCCUCCUACGCCCACUCGGCUGACCGGGACUGGUACUCAGACAACGAGAUGCCCCCAGAGGCCCUGAGCCAGGGCUGCAAGGACAUCGCCUUCCAGCUCAUGCACAACAUCAGGAACAUUGACGUGAUCAUGGGGGGUGGCCGGAAGUACAUGUACCCUAAGAACAGAACCGACGUGGAGUACGAGAUGGAUGAGAAGUCCAAGGGCACAAGGCUGGACGGCCUGAACCUAAUCGACAUCUGGAAGAGUUUCAAACCAAGACACAAGCACUCCCACUUCGUCUGGAAUCGCACGGAGCUCCUGGCCCUCAACCUUCACACCGUGGACUACCUCUUGGGUUUGUUUGAGCCCGGGGACAUGCAGUAUGAGCUGAACAGGAACAACGAGACUGACCCAUCGCUCUCCGAGAUGGUGGAGGUGGCCAUCAAGAUUCUGCAGAAGAACCCGAAAGGAUUCUUCUUGCUGGUGGAAGGAGGCAGGAUUGACCAUGGACACCAUGAGGGCAAAGCCAAGCAAGCGCUGCACGAGGCAGUAGAGAUGGACCAAGCAAUCGGACUGGCAGGCGCCAUGACCUCUUUGAAUGACACUCUGACUGUGGUCACGGCUGACCAUUCCCACGUCUUUACCUUCGGUGGAUACACACCCCGGGGCAACUCUAUCUUUGGUUUAGCCCCCAUGGUGAGUGACACAGACAAGAAACCGUUCACUGCCAUCCUGUAUGGCAACGGGCCUGGCUACAAGGUGGUGGGCGGUGAGCGAGAGAACGUCUCCAUGGUGGACUACGCUCACAACAACUACCAGGCCCAGUCCGCUGUGCCCCUGCGCCAUGAGACGCACGGUGGAGAGGAUGUGGCCGUCUUUGCCAAGGGCCCCAUGGCGCACCUGCUGCACGGCGUCCACGAGCAGAACUAUAUCCCCCAUGUGAUGGCCUACGCCGCCUGCAUCGGGGCCAACCUCGACCACUGUACCCAGGCCGGCUCGGCAGGCGGCCCCCUCCUGGCGCCCCUGCUGCUCCUGCUGGCGCUGGUUCCCCUGCAUCUCCUGUUCUGAGGGCCUGGGGCCCAGGCACCCGGGAGCCCACGACAGAUGGCCACACUCUCUCUCCCACUGCUGCCCACCACCGGGCAGCCUGUACUUCAAGGGUAGGGAGGCUGAGGCCUCCACAGCCACUGAAGCUGCCAGGAGAGGACCCAGGAACCAAAGUCUGCUGCCUGCCUCACUCCCUUCUGGAAUCCUCCAUGGGCCAGCCCGAUGCCUGGCCUCCAGGCCUUGCUUCCUCCCCACUACCCUUCGGCCAACAGGGUAGGUUUGUCCUGGGCCCACAGAGCACAGACUGCAGAAAUUCUCAAAACAUCUUAUUUUUCUAGCAGAUAUAUUUCUCCAGAUCCAAAGCCCUGCAGCAUCCAUGGAACAUUCCAGACCUGACCCUCCAUUCCUCUCUCCUUCUCCUUGGAACCCUCUAUGCCCCGUGCUCAGUCCCCAAGCUGGGCCCUGCCUGCCAGGAAAAAACCACCUCUCCUCAGCCUGGGGGUUCCUUGCCCACUCCAAGGGUGCUGGGGCUCCCAGGAAGCCGCCUCCUAGGCCUGGCUGCCCCCCAGGUGGCGGGGCUGGGCAGAGUGACCUGGUGGAUUGCACACUCCCCAACUCCAAACACACAUGCCAGCUCCUCUCUGAAGCGACUCUCCUGUUCAGAACUGAAAAAAAAAAGGUGGUUUUUUUUUUUUUUUUUCCUUUUUGGUGUUGGUUAAAAGGGAA